ACUCCUAGGCCUCCAGACCAGCAACACACUCCUAGACCUCCUGACCAGCAACACACUCCUAGGCCUCCAGACCAGCAACAUACUCCUAGACUUCCUGACCAGCAACACACUCCUAGACCUCCUGACCAGCAACACACUCCUAGACCUCCUGACCAGCAACACACUCCUGGACCUCCUGACCAGCAACACACUCCUAGACCUCCUGACCAGCAACACACUCCUGGACCUCCUGACCAGCAACACACUCCUAGACCUGACCAGCAACACACUCCUAGACCUCCUGACCAGCAACACACUCCUAGACCUCCUGACCAGCAACAUACUCCUAGACCUCCUGACCAGCAACACACUCCUAGACCUUCUGACCAGCAACACACUCCUGGACCUCCUGACCAGCAACACACUCCUAGACCUCCUGACCAGCAACACACUCCUAGACCUCCUGACCAGCAACACACUCCUAGACCUCCUGACCAGCAACACACUCCUGGACCUCCUGACCAGCAACACACUUCUAGACCUCCUGACCAGCAACACACUCCUGGACCUCCUGACCAGCAACACACUCCUAGACCUGACCAGCAACACACUCCUAGACCUCCUGACCAGCAACACACUCCUGGACCUUCUGACCAGCAACACACUCCUGGACCUCCUGACCAGCAACACACUCCUAGACCUCCUGACCAGCAACACACUCCUAGACCUCCUGACCAGCAACACACUCCUGGACCUCCUGACCAGCAACACACUCCUAGACCUCCUGACCAGCAACACACUCCUAGACCUCCUGACCAGCAACACACUCCUAGACCUCCUGACCAGCAACACACUCCUAGACCUCCUGACCAGCAACACACUCCUAGACCUCCUGACCAGCAACACACCCCUAGACCUCCUGACCAGCAACACACUCCUGGACCUCCUGACCAGCAACACACUCCUAGACCUCCUGACCAGCAACACACUCCUAGACCUCCUGACCAGCAACACACUCCUGGACCUCCUGACCAGCAACACACUCCUAGACCUCCUGACCAGCAACACACUCCUAGACCUCCUGACCAGCAACACACUCCUAGACCUCCUGACCAGCAACACACUCCUGGACCUCCUGACCAGCAACACACUCCUAGACCUCCUGACCAGCAACACACUCCUAGACCUCCUGACCAGCAACACACUCCUGGACCUCCUGACCAGCAACACACUCCUAGACCUCCUGACCAGCAACACACUCCUAGACCUCCUGACCAGCAACACACUCCUAGACCUCCUGACCAGCAACACACUCCUAGACCUCCUGACCAGCAACACACUCCUAGACCUCCUGACCAGCAACACACUCCUGGACCUCCUGACCAGCAACACACUCCUAGACCUCUUGACCAGCAACACACUCCUAGACCUCCUGACCAGCAACACACUCCUGGACCUCCUGACCAGCAACACACUCCUAGACCUCCUGACCAGCAACACCAAACUAAUUAA